CUUCCUUACGUUAUCUGGAGAUCUUCGCUAUCGUUCGCCGUACUCGGCUUUUCCCCCAAUUCCCUUGUCCUUCUCCUUCUUUGUGUUCUUCUUUUCUUUCUACUUCGCCCUUCUUCAAUCAAAUUUCCAGCCUCGACCCUUCGUUCGCGUGUCUCGCGGUCUUCAGUGCCGACUUUCCCGCCCCUACUUGAUCCGCACCGAUUAUUUCCCGACCUUUAACCACUUUAUCCGCUCACCUUGCAUUUCCCGGCGUCGUUCCGGUGACAGAUUGGUAGGAAGCAUAUAAACGGAGCUGGGACAUCUCGAUUCUUUUAGAGAGUCACCAACGACCGUUCGCGCGAGUUUAGUCCGGUUGAUCGGUCAUAUUCUGUUGUUCCAAUGACCAACCUCCGGCGCGGUGAUACACCAUGAAGCUGAGAUGAUACCUCAUUCUUCUGCCGGCGUCCAAUCGUGGGGUCAUCCCCUGCGCGCCGUCAACAGCGGCUCUGGACAUGUUGAUGCUUCUCAAGCCGUGGGACCGUCCGACCCUCAGUUCGAAAAGCUACCAACACCUGUGCCGCAGCCGCAACCCAGACAGCCGGCAGUCAUCGACCUUACAACGAGUGGUGGUGAUGCACAAGAGGUGGAACCUCCGCCAAAAAGACUUCGGCUGGAUUUACCUAUAGCACCCUCCACCCAAGAUGCGAGUCCUGCGCCGGGGAGCGGUGGAGAGCUGAGAAGCACACCAGGAACGGGUGGCUCAAAGCCUCCCUCACUUUCUUGGCGCAAUCGGCCGGUAUGGUCCUUCCAGGCUAUGCUAUCCGAGGUGCCGGGGAGCAAUGUAAUGAAUGAGGAAGAUGCGACAGCUGUCGCGCAGGGUGGGAAACCUGCAUCGCCACCUUCUUUGCCGGUUUUGCCUUGGAAGUAUGUUCCCGAGUCGCUGGGAAGUAAUCCCCCAACGUCACGAGCUACUUCACCUGUGAAGGAGGUGCAGACGAUCCCCUAUCGUAUUGAGACUCCUUCCGUUGCGCCUGUACUUAAAGGAGAGAAAGUUGCGGAUUUCUCUCCAUGGACUGGGAACCACCCAGAAGAUGUUUUAAACGAACAAACAGCAAAGCAGGGACACUACGACCGCACUCAAGUAUCCCAGAACGAGUCAAACACCGCACGACCCUCGUUAUAUGCACAAUUGAAGCACCGUUCCGGUCUGCAUAUGCUUUCUUCCGUUUUUGCCGCGGCUCUAGAAAAGAGACAAAACCAUAGCAUGGUGACUGCGCCAUCGACCUUUAAGCCACCUCCACGAGUAACCCUAACUGAUAAUAAACGUGAGGCCUGGCUCCGUGAUCUAGCUAACCCGUCUGUUCCGCUGCGCAAGUUGAGCCGAACGAUUCCUCAUGGUAUCCGGGGAAAGUCCCUCUUGGACCAAUGCUUAAACAAAGGUAUCCCAGUCAGCCGAGCCGUGUGGCUUGCAAAGUGUGUCGGUGCCAAUGAGAUCCGUGCGUUCAAGAGGAAAGGAACGAGUGGUACAUUAGCGCUAGGCUUGGAAGCAAAAUGGGUCCGUGACUGGACAGCAACUGUUCAGCAGUUCUUAGAAGGAGUACUAGGUGCCUGCGGCUCUGCGCAAUGGAAAAUGAAGAUGACAUAUGCGGUGAGCUUAACAGCUCGCUUGUUCUUUGAACGUCUGCUCGACCACGACCAAUAUCUUGGAUGGUUCUUGUCCUCGCUAGAAGCCGCGCCGGUCAAUACAGUUCCUGUUUGGCUAUUGAUGCUUGGUAUCUAUUGGGACAAUAUCAUGCGAUAUCGGAAGCGUGGGCGGCGGUUAGCCGAAUUGCUGCUUGUGAAGUUGCGCCAGGUCACCCAGCCGGAAAAGGUUGGUCAACUACAGCCCCUCGUAGAUCGGUUAUCUCUUUAUGUCAGGAGACUUGUUCUGGAGCAUACCUCAUCUAUGGUUCUUCCAGGUUCAUGGGAAAACCACAAGAAGCUUAUAUCUUCCUGCUUGAACUUGAAGGAUAAUACCCAUAGAACGAUUUACCAAAAUCUCUCCGAACGCAAUUCGCGGUUGCAGCUACCCAAGAAUCACCGAGACACAGCUGAACGGUCACCACAACAGCGUGUCAUUCAGCUGUUCGACUCCAUCCGCUCCGCGCAUGACAUCUCUUCCGCCUCGGCUGCAUGCCUGAAAACGAUAGAGGAUAAAGCUGUUCUCAUUUCCAAACUCCUCGAGUGGACGGCUACCCCGUUUCGUUAUGGUCUUUGCCGUGUAUAUACUGGCGUCCGUCUUCUGCGCAAGUGGAAGAUGUCUGGGAUCGAUGUUGACUCAUAUAUCCUUUCUUUCCUCGCUGAUGUUCGAGUGUCCAGCGCAUUAAACAUGGAAAAUAUCUACCAUAUCAUUUCAGAGCUAGUCAGGUCUCAGACAUUCUCUGUAGGUAGGUACCUGCAAUGGCUGAUGGCGAAAGGUGUCACAAACACCACCCAGCCCGUAUCGAGUGACCUCUGUCUCCUAAAGCAACUGCCAGCCAAUCGCCUCCCAGAGCAUGUGCGAAACCUUCGUAAUACGCUCCUUUACCGGGCUGGAAUCACGGUGAUGGAGGAGGACUCUGCCAUUGCAGAGCUCAAAAUAUCAAUUGCUCAACGACUGCCCAAUAUCUUCGGCGCUGAAAUGGACAGUGCAAUGCCCACCGAAUCAUCAGAGCCCAAUUCCACUUGGGCUGUCAAAUCCGAAAUCGGACAGUGGAUUCGCCGCGGAGUUGCUGAGCAUUGCCGCGACUCACCUAGGAAAAUCUCUGGGGUCUCCGUGGCGGUGGACCCAGGUUUAUCCGCCCUUACUCCUGACGAGUUCUACAGUGUCAGGGAGAUCUUGGAGACUUUCGGUGAUCUCUCGAUGCUGGCAGACAUACUAAAGCAUGCUACUCAUUGUGAUGACGAUGUUGUCCUGGCUUCGGUUGCUGAUACGGUCAAUUGCCAUUUUGACUGCUUCUGUGUAAUUGGUGCUACGUCUGAUCUCUUCAGGGGCCUCGUUGAGUCGUAUGCUCGUCUUAAGAAACUGGGAAAUGCAAGUUUGGACUUGUUGUUUUCACUCAUCGAGUUAGGGCUCCGGAUACCCAGUGAAUUCAACACCGUUGCUCUCUUGCGUCAGGACCUUACUCGCUUAGAGAGCAAGUCAGCUUUGGCAGCGCCGUCCCCGCUUUCGGAUAGUAUUCCCUUAGCACUCAGUGAUGUCGAUCCUUCUUUUCAAGAGAAGUUAAACCAGCUUCUCUCGUCUGGGGGUGGCAUGGAUGAGUCCACGAUGGACACGGUCUUCUAUUCGCUUAUACAUAUACUAGAAAGUAGCGGCAGUCCCGCGAAACUGUCAGCAAAUGAAACCGCUAGGUAUCUUGCUUAUUUGCGGCUGUUCCAACCGAAGCAUUUCGAUACAAUGCUGAUUCGUUGGAUAUGUGGGCUUCUGAAGUCCUCUGCCCCGUCGAUGUCUCGAAUUCUCCCUCCUCUCAUCGGAGUUGGCUGCGUCACCAUACAUGCGUUUGUAUUUUUGGUGAAAAAGCUUUUGCAGUCGGAAAAGGUGGCUGCUGUAAUUCCCAACCUGGCUGGAUUGCGGGUGGACCUGCUUCAGCUUCUUAUUCCUCUAGUAUCAGGAAAAAGUAAAUAUGCUGACUUGGUUACAUACCGUUUCUAUGUCGCACAACAAGAAUUUUUUCUGAAGCACCCUCAGGAGACCCUCGAUAUAAUAUGCGAUGCAGUUGGGUUGGUUGAUUCAGAGACCGGACUCAAUUCAGAACAGCCCGACAUCUCAAAAUGUGCGAUAGACUUGCUCGAUAUCCUUCUUACACAGAAUCCUGAAGUUACGGUCCAAUACUGUCUGCAAGGCUUUAUUGGAAAGCAUUCAACUUCAACAACCGUCCUGCAAAGGGCUCUGGAUAACCUCUUGGGCUUUGAUUCACUCGCUGGUCCAUGUACAAUGUCCGAGGCAGAAAAGGUCGUCCGCAUGACUGAUGACUUCUCCCUUCCAUUUUGCCAAUUGAAACUCCAAAUGCUUUUCAAUGCAGAAUCUGGCCGUAAUGUGGGCAACGGUAUCGUUGACGUGAUGUUCAAGGCCGCUGUGGAAGAUACACGCUCAAAAGGAUCAAAUUGGGUUGGUUUCGUGGGCCUCAUGAGCCAAGAUGUAAUAAGACAGAUUCGGGAGCGAGCCGAAAGAGCUCUCUUUUCUAUCCCAUUAUUCGAAGAACAUCUUGAAGCCCAUGGACCCUCGGCCACAGCCAAGUCCCUGGAGACAGCAAAACUGUACCUGACAAUAAUCGAGAAGCUUGCUUAUAGUGUGCCCGAAGCUGGAGUCCAGUCUGUGGCUCCCGUUCUUGUCGAGAAAAUGGAUCUACUUCUCCACCGGCUUGUUAUCAUGCAAACCAACUUCAACAACAUCACCACUAAUCGACACGGCGCGGCUACGACUCAAAUUCUUCAGUCUCGCUCAAACUUCGAGAGGGCUCUCGCUUUCUGGUUCUCUGCUUUUCUAAGGAUGAUUGUGAUUCACCGUUCUGCGUUCACUGUGCCAUCCCCAGCGCCUAAGCCCAACGGCCUGCAGGAACAGUCUCGUUUGCUGAUCUCGAUUCUUUGCAUAUCCCUUGCACGCCUUCCAGACAGUGUAAUACGCCUUUUCCCGGCGGCUGACUAUUUCCCUCACCCAAUACCAUCUCAGGGUUACCGUCCUUGUCCCGGAAUUCUGCUUCAGACUCAUGCGUUGGACGUCGCUGCCUCCCUGAUCGACACGUUCCCAGAUGAGGCUCGGCAACAUUGCGCCCGUUUCCUCAAAGAAAGGUGUCCACCCUUUCUUCAGUAUCAAAAUGACUCUAGAUUUAUUUACCUUCUCGGCCCCAUGAGCGACGCAGCAGCACUGAAUAACUUGCAGGCUGCUUCUCUUCCAUCACCUGCCGCCGGGGGUUCUACUCCAACUCCAACACCGUCGGGCGCCCUGCCCGGCGCUCCAUCUAACCCACAACCACCUGCUAUGACUCCUGCAGGUACCUCAGCGAGUCUUUCGGAAGGCAUUAAUUGCGUUGCUAGCCAUCUUCGCCUCCAAUACCGGGGUCGUGUUAUGGGACCCUACCCGGUACGCCCUUGGGAGCUACUUGAAGAUGCCGCACCAAUCGUAGGGGUGAAUGAUACCGCUGUGAACCUCAAAUAUUUCGACGCCAGACGAGUUCGGGCUUAGAUUUUCUCUACGGCCUACGUCCCUGGCUUAUGAGCAUCCUCUUAUAUCUACGUACAUAAUUUCUUUUCUUAUGGUUCCUGGGUUGUUGUUUCUGUUCACCGCUUGAUACCAUCUCCAUCUGCAUAUAAUUUUGCCUCCGACCAUACACCACGAUCGUACCUUUGACUCAAGCACACAUCCAGUUCUGCCAUAUUUCGUGACCAUGGUCCAUUUGCAUGUGUGAUUUUUUUUUUGGGCUUUUUCUUAUUUAUUACAUGCAUUGCGAUCACUGCGGAGUGACGAGUGACUAUGCUUGUGGCGGUACAUCUGGCAGUGACGUCCGCGUGUUACAAGCCCUCGUUUUGUUUGUACCAUGAAAUUUGUAUAUAGAGAAGGUCUGGCGUAUACUGGGUGGGUGGUUCAUAGCAUAUGGGUUCGCAUAUUUAGCAUAUAGUCUGAACAAUAGCAUCAUCUUAUGAAUACAAG